AAACAUCCAUGGGAGAGGAGAACCAGUCCUCCGUGACUGAAUUUGUCCUCCUGGGCCUUUCCCAGGAUCCAGAGACACAAGUGCUGCUCUUCUUCCUCUUUCUGAGCAUCUACCUGCUGACCGUGCUGGGAAACCUGCUGAUCCUCACGCUCCUUCACAUCGACUCCAGACUCCACACACCUAUGUACUUUUUCCUGAGAAACCUGUCUUUUGCUGAUCUCUGCUUUUCGACUACCACAGUGCCCCAGGUGCUAGUUCACCUCCUGGUAAAAAGGAAAACCAUUUCCUUUGCUGGGUGCUCCACACAGAUAAUUGUUUUGCUUCUGGUGGGGUGCACAGAGUGUGCACUGCUGGCAGUGAUGUCCUAUGACAGGUACGUGGCUGUCUGCAAGCCCCUGCACUACUCCAGCAUCAUGACACACUGGGUGUGUGUCCAGCUGGCUGCAGGGUCCUGGGUCAGUGGAGCCUUUGUGUCCCUGGUGGACACCACAUUCACGCUGCGUCUGCCCUACAGAGGGAAGAAUAUCAUUAACCAUUUUUUCUGUGAGCCUCCUGCCGUUCUGAAGCUGGCUUCAGCAGACACCUACAGCACAGAAAUGGCCAUCUUUGCCAUGGGUGUGGUGAUCCUCUUAGCUCCUGUCUCCCUCAUCCUCAUCUCUUACUGGAAUAUCAUCUCCACCAUAAUCCAGAUGCAGUCUGGGGAGGGGAGGCUCAAAGCUUUUUCCACCUGUGGUUCCCAUCUCGUUGUUGUUGUUCUCUUCUAUGGCUCAGGAAUAUUUGCCUACAUGAGGCCCAACUCCAAGAUAAUGAAUGAGAGGGAUAAGAUGAUCUCUGUGUUCUACUCGGCAGUGACACCCUUGCUGAACCCCAUCAUUUACAGUUUGAGGAACAAAGAUGUCAAGAGGGCCUUCUACAGAAUAAUUGCAAAUUAGCAGGCUUUGAAGGUGGUGAUCUCCAUGAUGACCAGUAGGGAUCCGUGGAGAGAAAUGGUU